AUGACCGAGGAAACAGUAGUUGAAGGUGAUCUUACUAUUGAUGCUAAUCCUGACGUUGUUCCCAAUAAUGAGGAAGAUAAGCCUACAGUGGAUGAAAACGAAAUUAUUAACACCGAAGAUUUGGAAAUGAAAGAUGAAAUUAAGGCUAGUGGCGACGAUACCUCCGAUGCCAACAAGGUAGCUGCUGAAGAUGGCUCAGAAGAAGCGAAAGAAACGUCCGAUGAGAAAGCUGAAGGAGAUGACAAUAUUCCUACAGAACCACAAAAGAUUGCCUGUAAGGUCGCUAGAAUUCCCAGAAAGAUCCUGGAAUACAUAAUGCGAUUCGAAGAAGAUGAUGUUGUUCGUAUUAACGUUACACAACUUCGAGUUUGGAUAUCCACCGAGCUCUUCCACAUGGCUAAAAGAGUUCCUGAUUCUAACAUGUGGGAAACUGAAGAAUGCCCAGUUCUGAAUCUGGAUAUACCAAAGAACUCUGGCUACGACAUUUUCGUCAGAUCAUUCGUUCAAGAAAAUAUGGAGAAAGAAGAAAAAAGAAUUGAUACCGACCGUGAAACGAGAAAAAAACUUCCGAGCAACUUUGCAGCUCUCAGCAAGAAGCAGAAGCGGCGAGUGAUCGCUCAAUUGACUAAUGAGAUAAACAAAGGGAAGCCUGAUGCAGAGGAAACUGAAGAGCCCAAAGAUGGUGCCGAAGAAUCUGACGAGAUUCAACCUGCGAAGGAGAAGAAAACUGCGAACGCAGGUUCCAACAAGUCGAUUGUGGCAAAUAACCGCAAGGAGCAUUCUAAUAAGAAUAUUGCGAGCCGUAAAAGGCAUAUUAACGAUUCUACUGCUCGAGGAAACAAAAGAGGAAAACCAAAUACUGCUACACGUGGGGGUGGUGUGAAAAGAGGUGCCUCCGGACCGAAACCGGGAAAUUCCGGACCUCGCAACAUGCCUGCAGGACAAGAUCGUAGAGAUGCUGCCCGGAAAACUUGGGGUAACACAGGAUUCAAUCCACGUGGUAACAUGCGUAAAGAUUGGGGACCAAGUCCAUGGAACAAUGGAAUGCCAAUUCCUGGCAUGGUGAAUCGCCAUAACUACGAACAGAAUUAUGAGCUUGAUAAUCAGCGCUAUCCCGCUUUUAAUAGUGGAGCAGCCAUGAGACAGAACUUUGAUAGCUUCGACAGGUCUCAAUCCCCAUCUGUUAAUAGAUACAACAACAGCUAUCAACAAUUUAAUGGUGGCCAGAAGAAUGAAACUAAUCGCUUCAUGGAUGACAAGUACGGUAGUUACAACUCUGGCAUGGAAAUGAUGAACAAUAAUUUCCGAGGAACCGCUCCCGGUAAGUUCGCUUCGUUCCCGGGUUUGGCUAGCAGCAACAUGCCAAACAUUGGCGGAUAUGGACCCAAUACAACCCCAGCAGGCAGUGGUUAUGUUGGGAGCAUGAUGCAAUCAGCUGAUGCUUACUCCAAUUUUAUUAACGGAUAUAACAAUACCGAUAGAGAUCGUAAUGAGGAAAAUCGGUUUAACAAUCGCAGACAUGAUCGCCGUUGA